CGGUACUGGAAUUUGGAACCUCAAAUUUCAGGGCGUUGAAAUGUAGUCUGACGUAGGCUCCUCUACCCAACUGAUCGGUUCGAUGUGAUCUUUAAAUGCGUGCAGCUGCACGGUGCACGCGUUACUCAGUGAUGUAGCGUGCGGAGGAAAUCCGCAGGCUGCAUGUGCAUCGACGAAUUAGCGAUAUAAAGCGGUUUAACUAUCCGCAACAUACGUAAUCGAGUAACAUAACAGCUCGCGUUGCGUUAUUGCCUAUGUAGAGAGUCGAACACUGUAACUAGGGGCACAUAUGGCUUUACUGGAGGGAUUGUAUUCGCUGUCGUUGGGGGUAAUGGGAUCUCUACGGUUAUAUGCAGCCUGUCGGUAGGACACGGGAGCCGGACUGCAGCGGAACCCUCUGCGAUCUAUCGGCGAUUUGAUAUACAAAGUGCAGAGAGUACUUCCGUCGUUUGGUUCGGUCUUUGAUUCGUCGGACUGCAAAUGGGCUUUAAUAUUGGUCAGAUGAAGUAAUUUGAAGCCUAUCAUUCAGUCCCCGGGUGCAGUCUUGAGCGUGUGAUGAUAGGAGACACAAUGACGCUUUUGUCUCUUUUGGGUCGCAUCAUGCGUUAUUUCUUACUCAGGCCAGAGACCUUGUUUCUGUUGUGUAUCAGCUUGGCCCUUUGGAGUUACUUCUUCCACACGGACGAGGUGAAGACCAUCGUCAAGUCCAGCCGGGAUGCCGUGAAGAUGGUGAAGGGGAAAGUGGCGGAGAUGAUGAUGAACGACCGACUCGGGGGUCUGGACGUCCUGGACGCGGAGUUCUCCAAAACAUGGGAGUUCAGGAACAACAAUGUCGCGGUGUACUCGAUACAGGGCCGAAGAGACCACAUGGAGGACCGCUUUGAAGUCCUAACCGAUCUGGUGAACAGGAGCCACCCUUCAAUCUUUGCCAUUUUUGACGGCCACGGUGGAGAGGCAGCCGCUGAUUACGCAAAGGCCCACCUGCCCGAGGCUCUGAAACAGCAGCUGCAGGCCUAUGAGCGGGAAAAGAAAGACAGCCUGCUCUCCUAUCCCGCAAUCCUAGAGCAGCGCAUUCUGGCUGUGGAUCGGGACAUGGUGGAAAAGUUCUCUGCCUCUCAUGAUGAAGCAGGCACAACGUGUUUGCUAGCCUUGUUGUCUGACCGGGAACUGACCGUGGCAAAUGUAGGGGACUCUCGCGGUGUUCUCUGUGAUAAGGAUGGCAAUGCUGUGGCACUGUCCCAUGACCACAAGCCUUACCAGCUGAAGGAGCGCAAGAGGAUCAAGAGAGCAGGUGGUUUCAUCAGUUUCAAUGGUUCUUGGCGUGUUCAGGGAAUCCUUGCCAUGUCGCGCUCACUGGGUGACUACCCUCUGAAGAACCUGAACGUGGUCAUCCCAGACCCUGACAUCUUGACCUUUGACCUGGACAAGCUACAGCCCGAGUUCAUGAUCUUGGCCUCCGAUGGCCUGUGGGAUGCAUUCAGCAAUGAGGAAGCGGUGCGCUUUGUCCGUGAACGCUUGGAUGAGCCGCACUUUGGGGCCAAGAGCAUUGUGCUGCAGUCCUUCUACCGCGGCUGCCCCGACAACAUCACGGUCAUGGUGGUGAAGUUCAAGAGCAGCUCUGGGAGCAAAACUGGAGAAUAGUUUGACUCUGAACCCAUGAACAGCCACAGUUGUUUUUCCAUUCUUGUGUAUUGCCAGAGGCAAGACAGUGUAAUAUAAGAGGCACAACAUGUUCUCACAGUUAUAAUAAACCAUUUAGGCACACAUAUGCAUGUGCAAACACAUGCAUUCUCAGUUUUUGUUGUGCCAAAUGGACACUUUUUAAAAUGUUUUAAACAUUACUUUUCGUUCAGUUAUUCCCGGCAUUCCUUACAAAGAUCAAUAUUAUUUGUGAAUUAAACAGCAAUUGGCAUAAAUGGCCUUUAUUGCCUUGAAGAUGCACUUUUGUUUUUAAUAUUAUACCUUCAUUUUGUUUUCUUUGUUGUUUUUGUGAUGAUAGCAUAUCUAGCUCUUCAAUCUGGACUCAUAUCAGUUUAGUGGAUCUAUGCUGAUUCACACUGGUGCUGCUCAUCAGUUAUACUGUAAGUGAGGGAUAGAUUAAGUGAUGUUAGGUUAAGAAAGAAUGUUACAAUUUGAUUAUAAGUCUGUAUCAACUGCAUACAUUAUUGUCAGAAGGAACUCUUAAGUCAUUCCUGCCCUUUUAAGUCACUAUGUUUGUUUGUAAUAUGAAUUCAAACAUGGUUGGACCGAAGGUGGUGUGUUAUGUAAUUUUUAUGUGUCCAUUGUAGAUAGUUAAUUAAUACUGGCAAACAGCGUUUCAUUCUCCUUAACAACUAGUUUACUGAACAAAAAAUUAAAUUGCCAACAGCCCCAAAAGUCUAAUUUCUUGCACUGUGCAAAAUGUAUGCGGGAGUUUGAAGCAAUAAAUAAACUUAAUAUGAAUCUGA